CAAUCUACAGCUUUCUUCCAUGCAAACUGCUGGCGAAAGUUCACUGAUCAUUUUCCUGAAGCUGUAUCCUUUUCUGCUUACAAGGAAUAUUUGGAUGGUUUGUUUCUAUUUAUACAGAAGCUGGUCUUGGUCCUUAUAAGAGUAUUUUCAUCUAUAUAAUGUUAGUGAAGGGCCGAAGUCUUUUAUCUGGUAGCUCAAUUUUUCUACAUGUUGUGUGCUAUUUUGGGAAACAGGACUGCUGCAUUUGGUAACUGGAACACUCCUUACCAGCUGUAAAGGAAUAUGGAAAAAUCAGAGAGCAUAGAUCUGGACCAGUCAGAAGCUACUGAAGAAACCAACUUCACUUUGGAAAAUACCGAUGACAACAUCAGUGACAGUGACAACUUAUGCAGUUCUAGUAGCAGUCUAAAUAUAUCCCGUUUCAUGAAACAUGGGCCUUUCAAUACAGGGAAACAAAAAAACACACAGAAGUCUAAUUCUGGCUGUGGAGACAAUGAUCAGAGCAAAGCACCAAUGGAUUCUAGUUACCAUUGUAAAACUGAACUUUCCUCACCUAGAACCAAGUUCAACCUAAAUUUAGAGAAACUGGGAAAUAUACACAAACAUGAGAAUACAGAUGCACAACAGUCAGCAAGCCAGUUUUUAAAGAAUAAAUACGAUCGAAAAAGGAUAUUUCAAGCAGUGGUGAGGGGUGACACCAAUGACCUGGAUGGUUUACUACCAUAUCUGCGGCAAACCCUCAAAUGUCUCACUGAUAAAGAAUUUCUAGAGCCAGGAACUGGAAAAACAUGUUUGCUGAAGGCCAUUCUCACCUCAAGUGAUGGAAAGAAUCCCAUAAUCCCACGACUUUUGGAAAUUGCGGAGAAAACCAACAAUCUCAAGGAGUUUAUAAAUGCUGCAUAUUGUGAUACUUAUUACAAAGGUCAAUCUGCACUCCAUAUUGCUAUUGAGAGGAGGAGUAUGCAGUUAGUGAAACUGCUGGUUAAGAAUGGAGCUGAUAUACAUGCAAAGGCUUGUGGUGAAUUCUUUUCUCACAAGAAAAGUGGUACUGGAUUUUAUUUUGGAGAACUUCCUCUCUCUUUGGCUGCUUGCACCAACCAAUUAAACAUGGUGUCCUUCCUCUUGGAGAACUCAUACCAACCAGCAAAUAUUGCUGCUCAGGACUCACAAGGUAACACAGUCCUACAUGCUCUGGUGACCAUCGCUGACAACACAAAGGAGAACAGCAAGUUCGUCAUUAAGAUGUAUGAGGAGAUUUUGAUGAGAGGAGUCAGACUACAUCAUGAGCUUCUGCUAGAAGAGAUCACCAACAAGAAAGGGCUGACACCUUUAAAACUAGCAGCAAAAACUGGAAAAAUAGAGAUUUUUAAGUAUAUUAUAAGAAGAGAGAUCAAAGAUCCCUGUUGCCAACACUUGUCUAGAAAAUUCACAGAAUGGGCAUAUGGACCUGUACAUUCAUCAUUGUUUGACCUUUCUGACAUUGACUGUUAUGAAGCAAACUCUGUUCUGGAAAUUAUCAUCUAUGGAAGUGAAACUCCAAAUCGUCAUGAUAUGCUGUUGGUGGAACCCAUAAAUAAACUGCUAGAAGAAAAGUGGAAAAAAUUUGCUUCCCAUAUUUUCUACUUCAAUGGUUUAAUGUAUACUGUGUAUAUGGUAAUCUUCACAACUGUUGCCUCCUACAGGUUAAUUGGAAAGCCUCCUUUUCCAUUUGAGUAUACUACAGGAGCCUACUUCCGUCUUGUGGGACAGUGCAUAACCAUGUUGGGAGCAAUUUAUUUCUUUGGGAGAGGGAUUCAGCAUUUUCUGCAGAAAAACCCAUCUCCAAAGUCUUUUCUAAUUGAUGGCUUUUCUGAAAUACUUUUUUUUUUGCAGGGUUUUUUCUUGCUGUCUGCCGCAGUUAUGUACAUCUGUGGAAGAGAAGAAUAUGUGGCCUUCUUGGUGUUUUCAUUGUCAGUUGGAUGGAUAGAUGUUCUCUACUAUGCCCGAGGGAAUCAGCACAUGGGAAUCUAUGGUGUCAUGCUGCAGAAGAUCAUUCUGAGAGAUGUACUACGCUUCUUGUUUGUAUACAUGAUUUUCCUGUUUGGAUUUGCAUCAGCUCUUGUUACACUGAUUGAAGAUGCUUUCCCUCACAAGGGCAAUAAUACCAACUCAGAAUUUAUAGAAGUGUUCGAUGAUGAGGUCUCCUGUCAAAAACGGAAUGUGUCCUACAACAGCAUGUAUGUCACUUCCUUAGAACUUUUCAAGUUUGCCAUUGGCAUGGGAAAUUUGGAGUUUACUGGCAACUAUAGGUUUAGGUCCGUGUUUCUGUUCCUCCUCAUAUUGUACAUCAUCCUGACAUUCAUCCUCCUGCUCAACAUGCUUAUUGCCUUGAUGGGAGAAACAGUGGAGAAGAUCUCUAGUGAAAGCAAAAGUAUAUGGAAGCUGCAGAGAGCUAUCACAAUUUUAGAUAUAGAGAAAAGCCUGCCUAAAUUUCUACGGAAAAUACUGAGAUCUGGGUGUGAAGUUGUAGUGGGAUUCACAAGAGAUGGAAAAGAAGAUUCCCGUUGGUGCUUUAGGGUUGAAGAAGUAAACUGGAGCCGAUGGAACACAAAUCUUGGGAUCAUUAAUGAAGACCCUGGAAAUUCUGAUGAUAUAAAAAGAAAUCUCAGCAGCAUUGUUUCAGAAAGGCCUAACAGAGCUGAAUUUUAG